AUGGAUCUCGCUGCUAUCGACGAGGAUACCGCUGCUGUUCUCGCUGCAGCUGCAGCUGAGGCUGACGAGGCGUCUGCAGUCUCGGAUCAGCAAUUCAUCUUCUCGACGCCGGAUCGAAAACAACCUCUCUCAAAUUCAUCCUCUGCCGCCACUACACCAGCCACCAAUUAUUUCUCCUACGGAAACCUCAGCAACGGUUAUCGCAAUGAAUUUCGCAAUCGAUAUCACGACGACAAUGACUCUGCCCCGGACCAAGACAUUCCCGGAUUGAGAACACCUUCAUUACUCUCCAGCCCGAGUGUGGCUUCAAGUCUCGGAUUCUCCACAGGACGGGUGAGUCCUCACAAAAGGGACAUCUCUGGCCAUUCAAGACUAUCUUCAAUCAACGAUUCACCAAACAACACUUCUCCCUCUGUUCGUCGGACCCACCGCCCGCGAAACAGUCGCGAUGUUUUGGCGCAGAGGUUGAGUCAGCUCGCGCAUGAGCUCACUUCAGGCGACGAUGAUUUACUCGACGAUAGUGGCGUCGAUAUUCUCACCGCGCAACUGGAUCAGCUGGAGGGCACAAAGAUGCUUAAGAAGACCGUCUCAUUUUCCUUACCUUCCACACCAUCACCGCGGCAAGCGCAUCAACGAUUGAGCCUGGAUAUGUGCAGUCCUGGUGAAUCAAUCUUCAGCACACCAGGUUCCGCGUUCAAGACACGGUUCUCAGAUUUGGGAGCAUCACUUAGAAGGGAUCCUGAACCAAUACCGGAGCCAGAACCGGAACCUCCGGCCAACAUGGGGAUGACUGUUGCUCAGGCCAAGAAGGUUAUUCAAGAAGUUACUCAGCUCAACGAGGAGAUGUCACAAUUGGUCACAAAUCUCAAGGCUCGACAAGAAGAGUCUGAUCAUAUCCAAGGUCUGCUCAUCGAGCGUGCCGAACGUGCUGCUCAGCGUAUUAUCUUUCUUCAAAACCGAAUAGCUCAUCUCGAGCAAGAAUUGCGCGAAAAUGACGAUGAACUUCAGUAUCUCCGCAUCUGCCUCAAAGCCGUCGAGAUUCAAAUGCCAGCACAUCCGGACAAAGAACUUCAAAGAUGCAUAUCCUCAUUCAAAAAGGAUUACCAAGCUCUAAAACGAAAACGUGUCAAUCGCUCCAGCAUCGCAAGCCUCUCUAGUCUCGGUUCUCCCUAUCCCGGCUCUCCGGCAUGA